UCUCUGCCUUCUAUCUUUGGUCAUAACUGGCCUUUCAGCCUUGCGCUGUAGGCUCCCAAGUCUUCUCGCUUCCAGUUUUCCAUACAUCCUCAGGGGAGCGAAUCUACUUCCGCUUUUUUUCCUACCUGUUUCAUUACUACUCACCGCACAUGACUCCUCCAUCUGUUUCUCCUAUACCCUCACAAGUCUCUUCCGCCGCAACGUCACAGAUCUCUAGCGACCAUGGAGAACGCCAGGUAACACAGGCUUUGGCGGGCAUGAAUUUGUCUGCCCUGAAUGGGGAUGCGGCGCUUCCCCAUUCAGUGAAACCCCCUAAGCAAACUAUGGCGAAUCGUAUCUCACGCAUGUUUACGGGCACUGGUCGAUCCACCCCAAAGGAGCCAGAGUCGUCGCGCGAACUAUCAGAUAGUAGUUCCGAUGGCGGAAAACCCACUACUAAUGGCAGCGGGAAACAGUCCCGGCCAACAUCAAGGCCUUCAUCAAAACCUCCGUCAAGGGCUCCCUCGCGGCAAACUUCCACCAAAGAAGUUCCCAAGAGUGAAAAGAACGAAAAGAACGAGAAGACCGACAGGAAGGCCAAACCUGCCGGGAAAGACCAGAAGGAGGGUUCGACUGUCCAGAAGCGUUUUGAGAUUCUUCCGGACAACUCUCAUCGCCACCAUCUGAAGAGUACCCGACGGCAGGAGAAGCUGACUGAUCUUCUUCGUGAUAUGCUUGGUGGACGGAAGAAGGACGACCAUGCGGAGGAUCAGCAACUCUCUCUCAUGUCAACAUGGAUUGACCAAUUCAAAAGCGAGCGGGAUAAAUUAGCGGCCGACAAGAAGGGUGGCCCCAACGCCACUGCAUCGCUCGUUGAUAAGUACGGCAAAUGCCAGGAGAUUGUUGGUCGUGGUGCUUUCGGUAUUGUGAGGAUAUCUCACAAGGUAGACCCUAAAGACUCCAAGAGCGAACAACUUUACGCUGUCAAAGAAUUCCGCCGCCGUCCGCAGGAAACAAGCAAGAAGUACCAGAAGCGACUGACUUCUGAAUUCUGCAUUUCAUCGUCCUUGCGCCACCCUAACAUAAUUCACACACUCGACCUCCUGCAGGAUGCUAAGGGCGACUAUUGCGAAGUUAUGGAGUAUUGCGCUGGCGGUGAUCUCUACACUCUUGUGCUGGCUGCAGGAAAGCUAGAGGUUGCCGAGGCUGACUGUCUUUUCAAACAACUUAUGCGCGGUGUUGAGUAUAUGCACGAGAUGGGUGUUGCUCAUCGCGAUCUUAAGCCGGAGAACCUUCUGUUGACCACUCACGGAGCCCUUAAGAUUACAGACUUCGGAAAUGGCGAGUGCUUUCGUAUGGCAUGGGAAAAAGAAGCCCAUAUGACUGCCGGACUCUGUGGCUCGGCUCCUUACAUUGCUCCUGAAGAGUAUGUCGAAAAGGAGUUUGACCCAAGAGCAGUUGAUAUUUGGGCUUGCGGUGUCAUCUACAUGGCCAUGAGGACAGGACGUCAUCUGUGGAAAUUGGCUCGCAAAGAAGAGGACGAGUUUUACAGACGGUACUUGGAGGGUCGCAAGCAUGAGGAUGGUUAUGCACCAAUUGAAACGUUGCAUCGGGCUCGUUGCCGCAACGUUGUUUAUUCCAUCCUCGACCCAAAUCCUUCUCGCCGCAUCAACUCGUCCCAAAUCCUGAAAUCCGAAUGGCUUCGCGAGAUUAAACUGUGCCAAGCGGGUGAGGAAGGCUUCUAAUAUUCCCUUGCAUUUCAGAUAGCAGGUACCGUCUCCGAAAAGGUCCGUUGGGCUGGUUUUCGCUUUCUUCCAGUCAAUGUCCCUUACGGUUUACGGUUUCUUUGUUCCUGUCUAUCUCCUCCGUCCCAGAAUAGAAACGGGUGGUUAUGUGUUUCUCCCUUUUCUUUCGAGUGGAUGAAAGUCGUCCUUCAUUGUGCGUUCCAUAGACGGAGGACUUUUCAUCUUCUCUACAAUUAUGCCGGCGCAUGUCUUUCUUCCUGCCUAGUUUGCGCGUUUAGUCUGGCGUCACGUUCUAAUGUUAAGGCAACGAAGAUCAUGACCUUUGACUAAAUUCAUGGUACCAGUCCAACUCAUAUACGUUUUAUUUUAACGACCUAUACAUUGUUUUUCAAGCAAGCUUCAAACUUACUUUCUCUCUCUCUCUCUCUCUUUCUCUUCGAUUUUGCUUUUCGUGUUUUCUUUACCCCUUCUCUUGCUGCGCGUCUACUUCCAAGGUCAUGGGUUAGGUUUCUGGUUUUCUGACCUGGUUCAUCAAGCUUUCUUUCGAUUCGUUAUUCUAGCAGUUUUGCACCCGGCUGGCGUUUCUUUACAGGUUAUGGGCGGAUUGGACUAUGUUUCAUUGGGGGACCAAGAACAAACUGUAACACCAAUACCUCACAUGAAUGACUUUUAAGGAAUGAUAAUGGCUGGCCCAUCAAUGAAAGAGACUU